AUGCGUGCGCCCGUAAGAGAAGAGAAUUGGAGGUCAGCUGAGCUGAAUCUUGUCAAAAUGGAUUCAGAAGGUGGAGAGAAGAAGAAAGGACGCAGGCGCGGUCUGAAGGAGAGGCUGGAUGCAGGGGAGACGAUCCUGUGUGCAGAGGGCUACCUGCUGGCCUUCGUCCGCUCGGGCUACGUCCUGCAGGGACUGUGGGUGCCCGAGUUCGUGCUAGACUACCCCGACGUCCUGCGGCAACAGCACUACGAGUUCGUGCGAGCUGGCUCCGACGUCACGGAAGCCUACCAGUACCACACUAACAGGACAAUGAUGGAGAGAAUAAGUGGCCAGGACCGGACGGAGGAGAUAAAUCGGAUCGCGAUAAAAAUUGCCCGCGAGGUGGCCGAUGAGACGGGGACGCUGUGUGCAGGAGGUCUCUCCAGUACAAACCUCUUCAAAUUCUCCGACUCGCCCAGCGAUGAAGACCCCACCGAGAAAGUGAAGAAGAUUUUCGAGGAGCAAGUUCGUUGGUCCAAGGAGGAGGGGGCGGAUUACAUCAUCGCCGAGACAAUGUGGAGCCUGGCAGAGGCAAAGGUAGCAGUCGAGGUCAUCAUUUCGUCCGGUCUCCCAGCUGUCGUGACGCUCUCCGUGAGAAACCUGAGGAAGAAAGACGGAGUGUAUGCGACGCACGACGGAGUCGCUAUCCCCGAGGCGUGUUGUCAGUUGGUGGAGCUGGGAGCAACGCUAGUCGGAGUCAACUGCUCGCAGGGCCCGGCCAACAUGAUCGAAGUGGUGGAGCAGAUUGUUAAAGUGGUUCCUCCAGAGAAAGUGUGUGCGCUACCGAUUGCGUACCGCACAACUUCUGAGCAACCCACGUGGCAAGUGUUUGCCGACAAGGGGUACCCGAAAAACAACCCGGCGUACCCAAACGGACUUGAGCCGUUUUACGUCACCCGAAUGGAGAUUGUGGAGUUCACGAAGCGGUGUCUGGAGCUGGGACUGCGCUACAUUGGGAUCUGCUGUGGGAACACUGGCAGCUACACUAGAGCCAUGGCGGAGGCAAUGGGGAAGGAGUCCGUCCUCUGCAAGUACCACACUAGAGCUGCCACAGCACAGGCAGCAGUUGAAGAUUUCAUGGAAAAGGUGCACGCCACAGUUGGAGAGUAG